AUGAGGAAGUCACGACUCACCGUCAAAAUGUGGGUCUCUUAUGAUUGUGCUUCGGUGUUGUGAUUCAACAGACUCGAUCACACAUAUGAUGUGUACUUAACAAUAACCGGGUUGUAUUCAUGCAGAAGCCUGCGCGAGUGACAGAAUAUAUCCAGGGAUUGAGAAAAUACUCAAAAUGGCCACAAGUGUAAGUGAAAAUGGCAUCAACGAAACUGGAGAAAAAGUUGGGACCAACAAAUCUUCAAAAAUGGUGUAUGUUGUGUUCAUCUCCUUGAUAAUUGACUUGCUUGCAUUUACGAUGAUUCUUCCACUGCUACCCUCUCUACUGGAUUACUAUGGACACCAUGAUGAGGGAGGCCUAUACCAUGUGUUACUGCAAUAUGUUCAUAGCUUGAGGUCACUGAUAGGAGCUCCUGACACGCCAAGGUGGAACUCUGUGCUCUUUGGAGGUUUGAUUGGUUCCCUGUUUUCCCUGCUGCAGUUUUUAGCUUCUCCCAUGAUUGGCGCAGCAUCAGAUUACUAUGGCAGAAAACCAUUGAUGUUACUGAAUUUGAUUGGUAUUGCUGUUUCCUAUGCCAUAUGGGCAGUAUCUACUAAUUUCACAAUAUUUGUGCUGGCACGGAUAGUGGGAGGCAUCAGCAAGGGUAACAUCAGCCUGAGCACAGCUAUUGUGACAGACAUCUCCACACCACAGACCAGAGGCAAGGGAAUGGCCCUCAUAGGGAUUGCCUUUUCUGUGGGAUUCCUGAUUGGUCCAUUGAUUGGUGCAUAUUUUGCUAAACAAGUGCGAGAACAUGAGGGGAUGUUUUUUGUUGCUCCUGCUUUGUUUGCUCUCACUUUGGCAGUGAUAAAUGUGGUGUUUGUUUAUGCCUGCUUCAAAGAAACUCUACCACAGGAGAAAAGGGCUCAUUCUGUUGGCAGCAAGCUCCAGGAAGCAUAUGAUCUUAUCCAGCCAGUGUCACUUUUUAAAUUUUCUGCAGUACACCAUGCUAAAAAGUCAGAUCUGGAUCAAAUGCAAAGGAUUGGGCUUGUUUAUUUUUCAUAUCUCUUCCUGUACUCGGGUCUGGAGUUUACCCUCACAUUUCUAACUCACAAUCGAUUCCAAUAUGAUAGUAUGAAACAAGGGAAGAUGUUUUUCUUUAUAGGAAUUAUUAUGUCCAUAGUGCAAGGAGGUUAUGUAAGAAGGAUAAAGCCAGGCAAAGAAAAGAAAGUUGCUCUUAUGGGCAUUGGCCUAGUCAUUCCAUCAUUCCUUGUGAUUGGUCUAGCCUCCACUACCACUGUGAUGUACUGUGGACUGGCACUUUUCUCCUUUGCCUCUGCCACAGUUGUGCCUUGCUUGACCACUCUGAUGUCUUCCUAUGGUCAAGAUGACCAGAAGGGGACUGUGAUGGGGAUAUUUAGAUCUCUAGGGGCGCUGGCCAGAGCACUGGGACCAAUGGCUGCAUCUAUUGUUUACUGGAGUUUAGGGUCCACAGCCUGCUACUCUAUAGGUGGUGUGUUACUGGUGGCUCCUCUGCUUAUACUGAGGAAACUUGACUUAAAAAAGAACACAGAAUAAGUCUGUUCCAUUGGUUUUGUAUGUUCAACUAAAAGCCAGUUGUUGGUGAUGUAAAAGGUGCCUUUUCUUCCUACACCCCAGAAUUUAUAUUCACAUUUUUUGCUUUGGAAAAAAUACUCUUAAAAGAAAUAUAUUAAGGGUGUUUUUUCUUCUUUUGUGAGAGAAGAUUUCACAAGAAGACAUUUAACUUAUAUAUCUUUAUUAACAUUUGAAAUUAUUUAUUUAAUAUCCAAGGCAAAAAUAUUUUGUAACCAGUUGAUUAUGUAGAAUUUGAUAUAGUUAUUUGUUGAUCUUAUAAUAAAAAUACAAGGCUGUCUCAACUUAAUGGCAAUUGUAUGUAAAUUAUACACAUAACUGUUUUGUCAUUUAUAUUAAAAUAUAUUAUUAUCAAACAUAUCAUUAUUAAAUAAAAGAUUUUAAUGAAUGCUGCAAGAAUCUACAAGAUGUUGAUGUAACUUCAGGGCCAGUGUGGCAAUAUGGGGACAAAAUAUCUAGUACAGGUGAUCGUGCUUUAUAUAAUCUGCAUUCCAUAUGCAAAUAUAAAUAUACAUGUAAAUGCUAUUAUAAAGAAUAAAAUUUUAUAUUCACAA